CACGUUUUCGUUCUCUGCUUUUGUUAGGUUGGGAGAGUUUUUGGUUUCAGAAGAGACUAAUGGCUGGAGUACUAGCUGGGGAAUGUUCUUACAGUGAGAGUGGAGUUUCAUCACACUCAAGGAAUUCUCAUGAAAAGCAAGAAGAGGUUUCCCGCUGGUAUUUUGGAAGAAAAGAAAUAGAAGAGAAUUCACCGUCAAGGUUGGAUGGUAUUGACUUAAAGAAGGAAACAUACCUCCGCAAAUCCUACUGUACGUUUUUGCAGGACUUGGGCAUGAGAUUGAAAGUUCCCCAGGUUACAAUAGCUACAGCGAUAAUCUUCUGUCAUCGAUUCUUCUUUCGCCAGUCACAUGCAAAGAAUGACAGAAGGACCAUUGCAACUGUAUGCAUGUUUCUUGCUGGAAAGGUUGAGGAAACUCCACGGCCCUUGAAAGACGUUAUUUUUGUCUCCUAUGAGAUUAUAAACAAGAAGGACCCUGGUGCUUCUCAGAAAAUCAAGCAAAAGGAAGUAUAUGAGCAACAAAAAGAGCUUAUAUUAAACGGAGAAAAAAUAGUUCUUUCUACUCUAGGCUUUGACCUCAACGUUCAUCAUCCUUAUAAACCCCUUGUAGAGGCAAUAAAGAAAUUUAAGGUUGCACAGAAUGCUCUUGCCCAAGUUGCAUGGAAUUUUGUUAAUGAUGGUCUACGGACAUCGCUCUGCCUGCAAUUUAAGCCUCACCAUAUUGCGGCUGGUGCAAUAUUUCUUGCGGCCAAGUUCCUUAAAGUGAAGUUACCAUCAGAUGGAGAGAAGGUCUGGUGGCAAGAAUUUGAUGUCACUCCCCGACAAUUAGAAGAUGUUAGCAACCAAAUGCUGGAGCUUUAUGAGCAAAAUCGUGUCCCUGCAUCUCAAGGGAGCGAAGUCGAAAGUAGUGUAGGUGGAGGGUCAGCUCAGCGGCCAGGCUCCAGAAAUGCAGUUUCCACCGAUGAGCAUGUUGGUUCUAGGCAAACAUCAGUACGUUCAACCCAUGAACAUUCAAAUUCUGAUAAUCCUGGGGGUUCAUCGAAAGGAGUAUUGAGUCAGAACAAUGAUAAUGGGGUUGGUGAGGCAGCCAAUGUCAGUGUCGAUAAUAAAGAGGAGAUAGAGAGAGAAACAAAAGAAAGCAGCCUACAUUCUGAAAGUCAUCCAGCCCAUAAGGACAGUGCGAGAGAAGCCCCCCAUAGCUCUAGACCUUCAGUUCAGGGACCUGGGAAAGACAACUCAGAAAGAGAGGGUGGAGAGCUUCAAGAUGAUGGUGCUGUUCAUAAAUCUAGAUAUGUUGAAGCUGGUGAUGUCCCAAUCAGCCAAUCGCCAAAAGACUUGAAAUUGCUUCGAGAUAAGGUGAAGGCUAAACGAGAGAAAGCUAAGAAGUUGCUAGGUGAAAGGACAAGGAAAAAGGAUUUGAUGGAUGAGGAUGAUUUGAUUGAAAGAGAACUGGAAGAUGUGGAACUAGCUGUUGAGGAUGAAAAGACGAAGGAAAGGAAAGUGAAGGCUAAACGAGAGAAAGCUAAGAAGUUGCUAGGUGAAAGGACAAGGAAAAAGGAUUUGAUGGAUGAGGAUGAUUUGAUUGAAAGAGAACUGGAAGAUGUGGAACUAGCUGUUGAGGAUGAAAAGACGAAGGAAAGGAAAGUACAGAGCAGACCAAAGGUCGAGAACUCUGAUACCAUGGGCACAGAACAUGGUGAGAUUUUAGAUGUUAAAGGAGAAGUCAAACAUACAGAGGAAGGCGAAAUGGUAAACGAUGUGUCCCCGAUGAUGCAUAGCAGAAAGAGAAAAAUGGGAAGCCCUCCUGAAAAGCAGACAGAAGGAAAGAGACGCCACAAUAGUGAGAAUGGUGAAGAAGGCCACAACAAGACGAGCAGAGGUAGUAGUCAUCAUGGUGAUAGAGAGCACAGAAGACACUCACAAGAGAAUAACCAUUCAUAAGAGAGGUAAUGAUUAUUAAAACUGCUACUCUUUAUAUUCCAUCUUGUGGUCUUUUUAAAGACCUUUUGGCACUUUGAUGCCCAACCAUGUGAACUUGACUUCUACAUGGGUCGGUUCAGUCGUUGGAACCAAUGCUCAGUGUAUUUUAUGUUGAUUAUAUAUAUAUGUGUGGCAUUUUUGCACUAUCCAACGGCUUGAACAAGGACUCAUCAUCCGAAAAGGAUAUUGCGAAGCAUAUAUAAUUUAGGUUUUCCCUUUAAUAACUACUUCAUGCUAGGUAACUUCUAAGUAUGCAUUAACACCUGCUCUUUUUUUUCUGUCUAAUCUAUAACCGGGCAACGGUUUGAUUCUUCUAGGCAACUUAAUAAUACUUUCCAUCUUUUUGUUGUGUGCGCAAAUUUCAUACUUCACUUUGCUUCCAUUGGGGAAAAAGUUUCCUCUACUACGGUAAGAUUUAGAGUCAGGUCAUAGGAAGUAUAGAUUGUGGUUAAAUCAGCUUCAUUCAUAUAAUAACUCUUUCUUGUUACAGUAAUUGUUCAACUGAGUUUUACUUCUUUGUGGCUUCUCCAGAAUUUUGUUAUUACAAUGUCUGUCUAAAGUUAUAUACGAUGUAAAAGAGAAACCUUUGUAUGGUAUUGAGUGAAUUAUGUA